AUGAUGAAUGAGAGUGGUGUGAAGCCUGCAUGGCUAGAGUCGCUCAUGGCGGAGACAUUCUUUGGUGCGUGUGGGGUCCACCAGAAUCGCAGGAAGAACGAGAAGAACGUCUUUUGCUUGCACUGUUGCCUUAGCAUCUGCCCCCACUGCCUCCCUUCUCACCCCUCCCACCCUCUUCUCCAGGUGAGAAGGUAUGUGUACCACGACGUCGUUCGACUGGGUGAUCUGGAAAAGCUCAUUGAUUGUUCCAAUAUUCAGGCAUAUACGAUAAACGGAGCGAAGGUGAUAUUCUUGAAGCAAAGGCCACAGUCACGGCCAUGCAAAGGCUCCGCCAACGCUUGCGGCACUUGCGAUCGCAUUCUUCAGGACCCUUUCCUCUACUGUUCUCUCUCUUGCAAGGUGGAUCACAUGGUGGAGGAAGGGCAGGACCUGUCGGGGAUUUUGCAUGGAUUCCAGGAAUCCGACUUCGCCUUCUCCCACUCCGCUUCCUCCGACCAGGAUUCCCAAAUUGCCCCUCCCUCCUCCUACGGCUCCUCCGGCAAUUCCGUCAUCUCACCUCUCCGCCUUCCCCGCCUCGUCCUCUCCCUCGGCGGCAGAAGGAAGGGCGCCCCUCAACGAGCCCCUCUCUCUUAG